GUCAGCAUGACGACAUCGCAGCAGAUGCGACAGAAAGAAAUAAAAUCACAGUUUUUUCUGUAAUGCAAGGGGACGGCGGCUCGUGCGGUGCAGCGGAGAGCGCGCGACCCGUUCGGUGACUGAAAGGGAUUUUUUUUUUUUUUUCUCGAAAGAAAAAGGCAUCAAUUGAAAUGCGGACGACGACGGCGUCUCGUCCGCGUGCGAAUGAAUGAAAAGAGGUCCGGAGCGCGACAGCGGGGCGACAGGGAGGGGAGGUGCGGCUGAAGGAGAAGAAACAACGGGAGCGUGCAGCCCGGGAGCGCGCGGGGUCGGAGUGCACGAGCGAGCGCGCACAAACACACACAUACACUAACACGCACACACAGGUGCAGUGCAGGAUAGCGGGAACAGUCGCGUGCCGGGGAUGAAGCCGACAAUAAUAAAGGGAUAAGCGGAAUAAGCAGGGGAGCAGGAGGCGCCGUCCGCAGUGAGGCUCCGACCGAGAAGAAGCAGAAGAUCGGAACCCGGAGCAUCUCCGACCGCUCCAUCAUCAUCAUCAUCAUCAUCAUCAUCAUGUCUCCUUAGCAGGACGGAGGGCGCCGGGCGGAAAAGGGUCCGAAGCGGACAUCCCCGCCCUGCCAGCACCACCAGAGCGGGCUUUAUUUGCGUAUCAGACUUCCGACAUCGACACAUCGAGGCAGCCGGGAGAAGAUCAGCAGGAGGAGCCGGAACACCAGGAAUCUGCCUGGAUUUGUCGGCACUUGGAUCCAUUUUCCCCACCAUGGCGUCGGCCGUGCAGAUGAACGGACUGACAUAACGGUUAACCGAGUCCGUUCUGCAAGAGUAGCCUUUCGCUGCGAAUUACUGCUCAUAUAUGACAUAUAUCAUAUGAUCGGUGUAUGCGGGGGGGUUGUGAUGUGUUAUGAACGGCACUGAGACUCGGGUCCAGCACGAGCUGCUGCGCCUUUCCUCGCGCGCCUUGCUGACCGCCCUGCGCCCAGUACGCCUGCCGUCCAGGCUCAAGGUAGAAGGUAGAAGACACCACCCAGAGCCCCCCCUCCCGCCCCCGCGCCCCCCGCCGGUCCCACUCCGCACCCCGGACCGCGGACCCGCGUGUAUGAGUGAGCCGCAGUGAGUGUCCAGCAGCGUCCAGCGUCCAGCAGCAGCCUCCGCCCCGCCUCCUAUAUACCGGACCCAUGAUGGAGACCACGAAGCUGCCCGCGUCCAGCCCGUCCUCCCCGACCACGGGCUUCUCGGUGCCGAGCGCGGAGAAGGUGGACGGGUUUCCGCGGCGCUCCAUGCGCAGAGCCCGGCAGCGGCGCUCGCACAGCUCGUCGCAGUUCCGCUACCAGAGCUCGCAGGUGGAGCUUACGGCGCUGCCGCUGCUCAAAGAUGCCCCCGUGGCCGAACUGCACGACCUCUUCUGCAAGAAGCUGCAGCAGUGCUGCGUGAUGUUCGACUUCCUCGAUUGUGUGGCUGACCUCAAGGGCAAGGAGGUGAAGAGGGCUGCGCUCAACGAGCUCGUGGAGGUGGUGGCGACGGGGCGCGGCAUGCUCAUCGAACCCAUCUACCCCGAGGCCAUCAAGAUGAUCUCGGUGAACAUUUUCCGGACCCUUCCGCCCAGUGAGAAUCCCGAGUUUGACCCUGAAGAGGACGAGCCCACGCUGGAGGCCUCCUGGCCUCAUCUGCAGCUGGUCUACGAGUUCUUCCUGCGUUUCCUGGAAAGCCCAGACUUCCAGCCCUCCGUGGCAAAACGCUACGUGGACCAGAAGUUUGUCCUGCAGCUGCUGGAGCUGUUUGACAGCGAGGACCCCCGCGAGAGGGAGUACCUGAAGACCAUCCUGCACCGUGUGUACGGCAAGCUGCUGGGGCUGCGCGCCUACAUCCGCAAGCAGAUCAACAACAUCUUCCUCAGGUUCAUUUACGAAACGGAGCGCUUCAACGGCGUGGCCGAGCUCCUCGAGAUCCUGGGAAGCAUCAUCAAUGGCUUCGCUCUGCCGCUGAAGUCGGAGCACAAGCAGUUCCUGGUUCGAGUGCUGAUCCCCCUGCACACGGCCAGGUCCCUCUCUGUCUUCCACGCUCAGCUGGCCUACUGCAUCGUACAGUUCAUGGAGAAGGAUGCCACAGUCACAGAAUACAUCAUCCGCGGGAUGCUCAAGUACUGGCCCAGGACGUGCACUCAGAAAGAGGUCAUGUUCCUGGGCGAAAUGGAGGAGAUCCUCGACGUGAUCGAACCCUCGCAGUUCAUCCGGGUCCAGGAGCCUCUCUUUAAGCAGAUUGCAUCCUGCAUCUCGAGCCCCCACUUCCAGGUUGCCGAACGUGCUCUGUACUUCUGGAACAACGAGUACAUCCUGAGCCUGAUCGAGGAGAACUGCCAGGUGAUCCUGCCUCUGGUCUUCAGCACUCUCUACAGGGUCUCCAAGGAGCACUGGAACCAGACCAUCGUGUCCCUCAUCUACAACGUGCUCAAGACCUUCAUGGAGAUGAACAGCGCACUCUUCGAUGACCUCACUGCCUCCUACAAAGUGGAGAAACAGAAGGAGCUGAAGCGGGAGCGGGAGCGGGCGGAGCUGUGGCGGGCGCUGGAUGAGCAGCGGGACAGGAGGCUGCAGAACCUGGCCGAGUCCAGUCGCAAUCAGAGGAACCUCCAGGACCAAACGUCACCGGCUCAGAUUGACUCCGCCCCCAGCUCCGAAUGACCCUGCCACAGACACGUUCUGACUCCACCCACAACUCAUACCGACAUUCCCCCGGUCGCGUUCGACUCCUCCUAAAACCGACGGCGAUCCCGCUCCAGGCCCAGACUGACCCCACCCCUGGUCAGGUUUGGCCCAUAUUGACCCACCGUAGUACAGAUCAGCUCCACCCCCAUGGAACUCCAGCACCACCUAGAGCCUUGCCCCCUACCCCCUAGCGCUCUGUGAAACAUACAACUCCAAUAUUCCCCCUGCGGAGCAACCACAUGCUUACUAACCGGUGUGUGUGAGACAUACGAAAACACGCACACACACACACACACACACACACACAGGUUCUCUCCAAGUC